AUGGCAUCAGAAAAGAAGGUAGCAGAGAACAUGCUUUGGGGAGGUCGAUUUACGCAGGGCCUUGACCCCGUCAUGGAGCAGUACAAUGCUUCCCUACCGUACGAUCGCCUCUUCUACGCCGAAGAUAUUGCAGGCUCAAUUGCUUUUGCUCGCGCCAACACAAAGACCGGCAUCCUCACCCAAGACGAGUUUGCUGCCAUUGAGAAGGGUUUUGCACAGAUCAAGGAGGAAUGGGCAUCCAAUACCUUCGAGGUCAAAUCGAACGACGAAGAUAUUCACACAGCCAACGAGCGAAGGCUAAGCGAGAUCGUUGGCAAAGAAAUUGGCGGCAAGCUACACACAGGGCGGAGCAGGAACGACCAAGUUGCCACUGACAUUCGCCUGUGGCUUCGUGAACAAUUGAGGACGCUAGAAGAAUACCUGAAGCUGUUGAUCAAGACUUCACUGCAACGGGCAGAGGCGGAAAUAGAUGUCUUGAUGCCUGGCUACACACAUCUCCAGAAAGCACAGCCCAUCCGCUGGUCACACUGGGUUCUUUCGCAUGCCACCGCUUGGGCCUCUGAGCUCGAGCGCCUCCGAGAAGUCAUAAAGCGCGUAAAUCGCUCUCCUCUCGGCUGCGGCGCACUCGCUGGAAACCCUUUCAACAUUGACCGAGUCGCCGUGGCCAAGGAAUUAGGCUUUGAAGGUCUGCUCACCAACUCCUUGAAUGCUGUAGGAGAUCGAGAUUUUGUGUUCGAGACAUUACAAUGGGGUUCGAGCCUCAUGCUCAAGAUGUCCCGAUGGGCUGAAGAUUUGAUCAUCUAUUCCAGUCUGGAGUUUGGCUAUGUGCGGUUAGCAGACGCAUACUCCACCGGAAGUUCGCUCAUGCCACAGAAGAAGAAUGCAGACUCUCUUGAACUGAUUCGUGGCAAGAGUGGUCGUGCAUUUGGACACAUGGCUGGCUUGUACGUCACCAUAAAAGGCCUACCCACGACAUACAACAAGGAUCUUCAGGAGUCUGUCGAACCGCUCAUCGACCACAUCAAGACUGUGAGCGAUUCCAUUCAGAUCGCCACUGGUGUACUAUCCACAAUGACCAUCAGCCCCGAGAAGAUGCACGCAGCGUUGACACCCGAGAUGUUGGCGACUGAAUUCGCAGACUAUCUAGUCAGAAAGGGCGUGCCUUUCCGUGAGGGCCAUCACGUAUCUGGGCGUGUUGUUGCGUUGGCGGAAAACACAAACGUCCCCAUGGACAAGCUGAGCUUGGAACAAUUGAAGGGGAUUGAUGAGCGAUUAGGCGACGAUGUCCUGGAAUGCCUGGAUUACGAACGAGCCGUGGAACUGAAGAACUCGACAGGUGGUACCAGCAAGCGUGCCGUGCUCGAGCAGGUGAAAAUUUUAGAGCAGGUCCUCGAAUGA